AUGGAUAGAGCUGAAGAUGCGAUACACGCUAUAUUACAAGAAAAUAAAGUUGAUAUUUUUGGAGAAGAGAUAGACAGCGAUGAGGACUUUGUAUUAUCGGAAACCGAAGUCGAAAGCGAAGAGGAUGGACUUAACUAUGAUAACGACUAUGAAUGCAGUCCGAAGAAAGCUCGUGUUGAGGAGGAAGUAGAUCAACAACCAUCUACUAGCGCAGGUCGUCCGAGACAGUAUCUUUACGGAAAAGAUAACUACAAAUGGCUUACGAAAGCUCCUGAAUCGAAAGGUAGAAAGUCAAUUACUUCACAUUUACCUGGAUGUAAACAAGAAGCGAGAGAAAUGAGAACACCGUUAGAGAUUUGGAGUUUGUUGUUUCCCGAUGAAUUACUAGAGAUUAUAGUGCAGCACACUAAUGAAGAAAUAAACCGGAGAUUGAUCAAUUUAUCGAAUCAGCCUUAUUAUUGUGAGACAGAUUUAUCUGAAAUAAAAGCGUUUAUCGGCCUUUUAUAUUUCGCUGGAUUACAAAAAGAUGGACAUAAACGUACAAUGAAUAUGUGGAAAGAAAACGGUUGUACUAUGUAUAGAGCUGUCAUGAGUCGCAAUCGUUUUAUUUUUCUGAGCUUGUGCUUACGCUUCGAUGACAAAACAACAAGGAAAGACAGGCAAUCUACCGACAGAUUGACGGCCAUCAGAGAAAGGGACAAGUUCAUCGAAAAUUGUACAAAAUAUUAUAUCCCUUCACAAAAUUGUACUAUAGAUGAGCAGCUUCUUGGCUUUAGAGGAAAAUUUUUUGCCAAAGUUUACAUCAAAAGUAAACCUGAUAAAUACGGAAUAAAAAUUUUAUGUUUAAAUGAUUCUAAAACCUUUUAUAUGUUGAAUGCGAUUCCAUACACAGGCAAAGUUACAACCAAAAGAUUAGAAAACGUACCUUCAUAUUAUGUGCGCCAGCUUUCAAGUUCGAUUCACGGAACCAGCAGAAAUAUUACUUGUGACAAUUGGUUCACUUCUAUUGAAUUAAUAAAUAUGAUGAAACAUGAGCAUUCCUUGACAAUGGUUGGUACAAUACGGAAAAAUAAGCGUCAAAUUCCUCUUGUCUUUCGUCGAUCUGCUUCUGUUGGUAAUGCACGAUAUGUAUAUACGAAUGAUAUGACUUUAUUAUCUUUUACGCCAAAGAAAAACAAAGUUGUAUGCCUUGUAUCGAGUUUGCAUAAAAAUAAGGGAAAAACAGAUGAAGCAAUUAAAAAACCGGAAAUAAUUUCCUAUUACAAUAGUACGAAAGGCGGAACAGACACUUUUGAUUUUCGUGCAAAAGCUACUCGACGAGUAGAAAAACGAUGCGAUGGACUAUGA